GGCCAGAAUUACGUCCGGAGCAGGGCGUCGCAAGGUUUGCUGGGAAACAUAUAACUCUAAUUUUCUUCCGCCAGUUGAUUAAAUAGUCCCAUAGUCACCUUGCGCAACGGAAAAUAAACACGAAGAGCACCUUCCUACCUUAGAUUUAAGUGGGAACACUGAAUAAUAAAGAAAGUUUGAGUAAAGUGGAUUCCUGUUUUGGCGUGCGGCCUGGAGACAUCUAGGGGGCGUGAGCGGAGGGAUCUCACUCUAUAUAAGAGAGCCGGCCCCGUAGCCGGAUCCUCUCUCGCCUCGGCGCUUCCAAGAUGACCAAGAAAAGAAGGAACAACGGUCGUGCCAAAAAGGGCCGCGGCCACGUGCAGCCUAUUCGCUGCACCAACUGUGCCCGAUGCGUGCCCAAGGAUAAGGCCAUUAAGAAGUUCGUAAUUCGGAACAUCGUAGAGGCGGCAGCCGUCAGGGACAUUUCUGAAGCGAGUGUUUUCGACGCCUACGUGCUUCCCAAGCUGUAUGUGAAACUACAUUACUGCGUGAGUUGUGCCAUUCACAGCAAGGUAGUCAGGAAUCGCUCUCGGGAAGCCCGUAAGGACCGAACACCUCCACCCCGAUUUAGACCUGCGGGUGCUGCCCCACGUCCUCCACCAAAGCCCAUGUAAGGAUCCAAGUCCUUAAAGACUGAAGAAAUAUUGGUGUCUCUGAAAAGACAAUAAAAUGGAAAUUAUACUUUA